AUUUUAUCUUCUUCUUGAACUAUAACUUCAAACCUUCUCUUUUCUUUCCAUCUUUGUGUGCUGGUCAUCAAAAUGGCAGAAAACACAUCAACAACAAGGAGACAUACACGACAAAGGUCAAGUGUCCAGAUCAAGAAACGUGUAAGCUUGCAAAAGCCUGGUUCAAGUUCCAAUGAUCUCUCUUCACCAAAUGGAGGUAGUGGAGCCGAUGCAUUCUCACCUGCUGGGGAAGGCGAACAGGGUAUACAGGAAAAUGCUUUUCAAUAUGACAGAGAAGAGCCCAAGGACAACCUCUUGAGCAGUACUGCUUCUAGCCCAUUACUGCCAAAUUCACACCAAGCCAAUUCGAUACAAGCAAUCACUAAUCGUACACAUAGUAGGGGUCCCUCUUUUAAUCCACAACAUGGAUCGUAUGAGAAUCCCAUAGAGUCAGAUGAGGACAAGGCUUCAAAGGCCGACUACCUCUCCCAUAAUCAUCCGGAGAUGUCUGGGAAUUUCUCAGAAGAAGAUCAAGGAGCGGCAUCAAUGGGGCAAUCUUGUGAAUUGAACAUGCAUACGAACGGGGGUUUGAAUGAACAGAAUGCAAUGGGAGAUAUGACAACGCGAGCCGAGCUUGACCUCUUUGACGAUGACGACAACAGCGAAGACCAGGCCGCAUUACAACCGAGCAGUGCAACCUCAGAAAAAGGUCCCGAACUACCUCCAAAAGAUGAGACCAACGUCCAAAAGUCCGAUUUUUCUGGCGAGAGUGUGGAGCAGUUUACCACACCUGUCAUGGGAUCACAAGAAGCCGCAAACGGCACCUUCAGAAGUGCACAGAGAGCUAACCGGAAUAGCAAUAAUUUCAUGACGAACAGUCCCGCUCAAUCCACUCCCUCGAGUGCGAAUAAAGGCGCCAAGAGGUUGAGUCUUUUAAUCAACAAUGGGCUGUCCAAUUCUCCAUCUUCGCCGAACACAUCUCCUCUAGCAAUUCGAACGCCAACUGCUUCUACGCCAAGAAGCGGUAGAAAGGCACAUCGAAUGAGUUUAGGCUAUUUUCCUUCACCCGAUGCUCGAUCAUCCCAAAGUCCUACUCCGUAUUCUGCUCCUGCAGCGAAUGGGUCCAACACACCUUCUUCAGGAAGUAUAGCCCAGCCAAGGUUCACACGAUCAACAGCUCCUCGAAGCGCUUCCGUUUCCACGACAGCAUCCUUCGAUAGCAGCUCACUUGAUGGAGAAACAAUACUCAACCAGCACAAGGGCGUUUUGGAACGCAUUGCUGAAAAGGAAAGAGCCAUUCUUGAGCUCAAAGAAACUCUUGCUAAAGAAGAGAAGGAGCUUUUGGCGUUACGUGUGGAAUGGCAAAAGAGUGCCGCUCGAGAGCUUGCCAGUAAUGGAAGAAGUAGUACUGAAAUAGGCGAUCGUUCGGAUAGAAAAGAUGAGAUCCGGUUACCCUCAUUGGACGCCGAUGCUAUCAACUCGAUUCCAACGAGUGCAGCUUCAGAUACAUUCAAGGGUCUCUCUGCCAAACUACAAAGUGGAAUUGGAACUCAGUUCAAUGCAUUUUUGGAUCAAUUGGUAAAUGUUCCAACGACAGAAAGCGUAAGCAGUACCAACGAAGCAUCCUCAACCGAUACCCGCAACACGUCUUUAGGAUCGCUGCUGGAAGAAGAUGAAGAAGAAGGAGGACAACCGGCUAAAAAUCGAUCUGGCGUUCCACCUCCAGUGCCGAGCAAGCUAUCCCCUACAUCCAAAUCAGUACCUCCUACGCAAGCUUCGAAAGAGAUGCCCAAAAACCAUUCAAAGCGAAGCUCGAUUUUUGGUGCAUCUUUUGCUGCUUUCCAAAAACAGAUGGAACAACAAUUCGCACCUGCAUUGGGAGGAGAAGAAGAUGCAAAGAAUAGACAAUCAAAGGAAGGAUUGGGCGGUGCAACGUCCAAAGAAGACAAAGAGAAUAAAGAUCAUUCACAAGCAGGACCUUCUGCCAAUGAUUUCAGCUGGGGCAAUCUUUCUAAACGAUUCAAAGAAGCUCGUGAGAAUGCGUCUGGCUAUUUAGCAAUGGCUGAGGCCAAACUUGGACAAGCGAUGACGAUUGAUGAUUUACUUCAACUUGACGAUCAAAAACCAAACGAGAAAGCAAAAAGCAAUUCAAGCAUCGGCGGACCAAGGGGUUUUGCUGAAGAAAAUGAUCGUGAAAAGGCCGCAUUGGCAGAAUUGAGUUGGUUGAACAGUAUGGCUGGUAUCAAGAUGAGUGGAAGUGUGGAUAGAGUGACCACUUCUGUUACUUCUCCAGAUUUGCAAUCUACAAACGGUAAUUUGAAUUCACAAAAUUUACUAAGGCUGGAAGAUGCUAGACGAGUAGCCCGUGCUGCAUCUCCAGCAUCAUCUUCACAAUCUACUACACGACCAGAUCAUUCACCGAACGAAAGAGGCAGCAAUGCAGGUCUUCACUCGCCUCCUUUAGGUGUCACAAAAGUGAGAAGGACAAGUGCCAGUGGCGUUGGACCAAUGAAGAAUCCCGAAAAGCGUAUGACGGGUAUAUUUGAUGUUCUAAGUGCGGUUUGGUUAGGUGAAAAAUCACCGGGAGAAGAAUCCAAUUCGGCAACUUCUCCUGGUCAACGUACAAUGGAUUUAGACAAGAACAAGAAACGAUUGAGUGGACAAAGUCGUACUCGCUUUGCUGCUAGAGCGGCGCUUGAUCAAGGUGAAAGUGGAAACGUCUUAAGUCCAAAAGCGAAAGAAAAUGCUAUGGAAACAGCAUGGGACUGGGAUGCUCCUUUGCAGCCAUUGCCCGAGAAUGGUGCGAUCAACGGAAUGGGCAUAGGGCUCGUUGGCAUGCACGAAGAGUCAUCUAAACCGCAAUCGCAGUCUCGAUCACAGGACAAUAGGAGCGGCAAGUCCAGACGUAGCGGCGAGGAUAUGCAAGACAUCAGCCUGAAUGACCAACCCGGACAAGAUCUCGAUCAUCUGCAAUCGACAAAGUCCAACCAGAAGAAAGGCGAAGAGGAGGAAAAUUGGUCUUGGUAAGAUCAAAACUGUAUUUUAUACCAUCUCUUAAUUUGUAUUUUGCCAAUCAUCGCAAUCGCUUAAACAGAUUGAAUUACGUCAAAUGUACAUUUAGCUCAAAUCCAUGCCAUCACCACCUGUAGUGACUGUUGAUGCUUGUUGCUUUUGUUGCUUUCCAACUUCUAGAACAUCUGCGCAAAGGAAAAAGAUAUAAGGUCAGUAAACUACUCCUAGAAUCGACACACUUAUCUACUCACCCUCUCUGACAAUCAUUUGAUGAAUUAGUUCUUUUGUCCAAGGUGUUGUUCCCUUGGGGAAAAGAUACUUUUGCUCUUUGACACCACGUUCGUUUGGCUUCUCGUAAUUUCUGUACAUG